CUACUUGGCUGUGACAAGUUCAGAAAGGAGGGAGCAGGAGGGAGAGGGAGGUACUCUCGGUCUUGCUUUUUUACAGAAAAAUAGUUAACUCGGCUGAAACUGAAACAGGACAAGACUUGUUAAAGAAAAGCACCACCAGGCUGUCUCUCCUUCAUUCUCUCAGUUUCCUGCUCAAGGAAGCCAUUUUGUACAGGCUGGAGUCUAAGGACAACAAACUUUUCCCCCCCUUCUUUCUCCUUCCUCAAGUGUUUCCUGUGAAAAUUGAGACUUUCUCAUCAGCAGAACAACUUCUUCACCCGAGAAGGAGGAGUGGUGGGUAGGAGGGGAGAAGUUUUUCUCAGUCUGUCUCACGCUUGCCUCGCCGGGAUAAUGAAAGAAGACGUGUGAGUGCAGAUGACAAAAGAUCAAGAGGGAGAGAUAGAAAGAAAGAAAAGAAGAAGCAGGUCUUCCUGGAUAGGGAUCUCCUCUUGACUCCUCUGGGAGAAGGGGUGGUCACAGGGCAGAGACUCCCAGUAGCGGUGUGUAUUUGUCUGUGGAUCACCGUGUCGACACCCUCGCGCUCCUGCUCUUUUGAGGGAGGUAGAGCGUGCGCGUGUGUAGCGAGGGAUGGCCAACGCCAGCCCCUGUAUGUCGUCGGGACCCCUAUCCCAGGUCUUCUUCCACACGGGGGGCCCCUCUCCCCCAGGCUCUGUGGUGAUGCAGCAGGGGACCCCCAUGGUCGUGCCUCCCUCCCCUGCUCACGGUGGUCUCCCCCCUGUGGAACUGGGGGCUGGGCUGGGCCCUGGGGGGGUUGCCAAUUCCUACGUGCCCCCCACCCCAGCUGGGGUCUCCUUCAUCAUCCAGAUUGGGCUGACCAGAGAGUCAGUGCUGCUGCCCCAGACCGCUGACCUUGCCUACGUCAAACAGAUUGCCUGCUCCAUUGUCGACAUCAAGUUCCCAGAGUGUGGCUUCUAUGGCAUCUAUGACAAGAUCCUGCUAUUUAAACAUGACACAGGCACCAACAACAUCCUGCAGCUGGUCAAGGCUCCCCAGGACAUCCAGGAGGGAGACCUGGUGGAGGUGGUGCUCUCCGCUGCGGCCACCUUCGAGGACUUCCAGAUCCGGCCUCAUGCCCUGAACGUCCACUCGUACCGCGCCCCGGCCUUCUGCGACCACUGUGGAGAGAUGCUGUUUGGACUGGUCAGACAGGGCCUCAAAUGUGACGGCUGUGGUCUGAACUACCACAAGCGCUGUGCCUUCAGCAUCCCCAACAACUGCAGCGGCGCUCGAAAGCGGCGCCUGUCCACCACGUCUCUGACCAGUAGCCCGUCGCUGCGUCUGUCCACCAGCGAGUCCCUGAGCAGCGUGGGGACCAGCUCAGUCAGCACCUGCAUGGAGGAUGCCAGCCUGAUCCGCUCUCACACCACCCAGACGCUCCCGAACUCCACCUGCACCGCGUCAGCGUCCCUGGGCCUGUCCAGCAGCGCCUCCAUCACCAGACCCAUGGCCCGCGCCAACACUCACAUGCCGCGGACCCCCAGCGAGGCGCGGCGGUUCUACACGGGCCGGCCGGUGCACCUGGACAAGAUCCUGAUGAGCAAAGUGAAGGUGCCGCACACGUUCGCCGUGCACUCCUACACGCGCCCCACCGUGUGCCAGUACUGCAAGAGGCUGCUCCGGGGCCUCUUCCGACAAGGGCUGCAAUGCAAAGACUGCAAGUUCAACUGCCACAAGCGCUGUGCGUACAAGGUUCCCAACGACUGCCUGGGGGAGACCAUAGGAGACAUGUUGAGUCCCAGUGUGGACCACGAGGUGCCUAUGGACUACAGCAGUGAGUAUGGAGACUCAGACAAGUCUUCUCUGAUGGAUGAUUCAGACGAGGCCUGCAGCAUCCCUGGCUCUUUCUCCCCCGAGAGCAGCCAGGAUGGGGUCGGCGGGGACCAGAGCGCUAACAUCCCGUUGAUGAGGGUGGUUCAGUCCAUGAGGCAGACCACCCGUCGCUCCAGCACAUCCAUCAAAGAGGGCUGGGUGGUGCACUACAGCAACAAGGACACACUGAGAAAGCGGCACUACUGGCGUCUGGACUGCAAGUGCAUCAUCUUGUUCCAGAACAACACCACCAACAAGUACUAUAAGGAGAUUCCUCUGUCUGAGAUUCUGGAGGUGCGCCCCGCAGGUGACUUCACCCUGGUCCCGCCGGGCACCAGCCCCCACUGCUUCGAGCUUGUCAUGGGCACCAUGCGCUACUUUGUAGGGGAGGACCCCAACGUCCACGUCCCCGCCCUGCCCCCCACCACCCCCCAGGCCUUCCCCUCCACACCCCCCUCCCCCAGCAACGUGGUGCCCAAUAGCGGCGUGGGGCGGGAGGUGGCCAAGGCGUGGGAGGGCGCCAUUCGCCAGGCCCUCAUGCCAGUCAUCUUCCAGGAUGCACCACCGGUAGAGGGACACACUCCUCACAGACAGGCUUCAGUCAGCAUCUCAGUGUCCAACAGUGUGAUCCAGGAGAACGUGGACAUUGGUAUGGUGUACCAGAUAUUUGCAGAUGAAAUCCUCGGCUCUGGCCAGUUUGGAGUGGUGUAUGGGGGGAAGCACAGGAAGACAGGGCGCGACGUGGCGGUGAAGGUGAUUGACAAGCUGCGCUUCCCCACCAAGCAGGAGAGCCAGCUGAGGAACGAGGUGGCCAUACUGCAGAGUCUACGUCACCUGGGCAUAGUGAACCUGGAGUGUAUGUUUGAGACUCCAGAGAAGGUGUUUGUGGUGAUGGAGAAGCUCCAUGGAGACAUGUUGGAGAUGAUCCUGUCCAGUGAGAAAGGCAGGCUCCCAGAGAGGCUCACCAAGUUCCUCAUCACACAGAUUCUGGCAGCUCUGAGGAACCUGCACUUUAGGAACAUUGUCCAUUGUGAUCUGAAGCCUGAGAAUGUCCUGCUGGCCUCUGCCGAGCCCUUCCCCCAGGUGAAGCUGUGUGACUUUGGCUUUGCCCGUAUCAUUGGUGAGAAGUCGUUCAGGCGUUCGGUGGUGGGCACCCCGGCCUACCUGGCCCCAGAGGUGCUCCUCAACCAGGGCUAUAACCGCUCCCUGGACAUGUGGUCUGUAGGAGUCAUCAUGUACGUCAGCCUCAGUGGCACCUUCCCCUUCAACGAGGACGAGGACAUCAACGACCAGAUCCACAACGCUGCCUUCAUGUACCCACCCAACCCCUGGAAACAGAUCUCACCUGAUGCCACUGACCUGAUCAACAACCUGCUCCAGGUGAAGAUGAGGAAACGCUACAGCGUGGACAAGAGCCUGAGUCACUCCUAUCUACAGGACUACCAGACGUGGUUGGAUCUAAGGGAGCUGGAGACCAAGCUGGGUGAGCGCUACAUCACCCAUGAGAGCGACGACUGCCGGUGGCAGAUGUUUGCCCGCGAGCACACGCUCCCCUACCCGGCCCACCUGGUUCCCCCUCUGCCUGCGCCUGGCUCCGACGAUGAGGCUGGAGAGGACGCAGACAUGCAGGGGCUCACCGAGAGGGUCAGCAUACUCUGAGAACCUGGAGAACCAGCAGAGGAGGGGAGUGUGGGGAGCGAGUGUAGAGACAGAGGGGCUGGCUGGAUGGAUGGUUGGAGGUCUGGAGAGUGGGGAGGGUGAGGCUGGGAGGUUUAGCUGUAGAACAGCGCCUUCUAUAGACAUGAUCCCGCCCCUGUCCGUCUACUAAAAUGGUGUCCCACUCCUGCCCAAGUCUGUCCAAUCUCCAGACCCCAUCCUUGAACACUCUCUCUUCAACCCUAGAACUCUUUGAGUUUAACAGACUGCUCUUCUGUAUCCCACAAGGACAUACUGUAUCCAGUGGUCAGGGGACGUGUAGAAUAUUGUUGCUGCAGUGUGCUCAUUCAGUCUAAACUGCAGUAUGGCAAAGGUCAGUUUGGAUGCGAGAGAGAGAGAUGGGGAGGGAGAGAGACAGACAAAAAAAAACAUUAAGGACUCGAUCGAUCCACUAAUGCGUAACUUAUACCCACCCAUAAACAAGUCCUUAUGAACCGUUCCUUUUUAUUUUCAUUGAAUGUGAUGAGUGGAAUCGCCCUGCAUGUGCUGUCAGACCUGUUUGCUGCAGACCAGUCAUUUAGUGCCUGUGAAUGGUAGAUAAAAGGCUUAUAACUGUAGGCAGCAGACCAGUGCAUGUGGGGUGUCAUGGUCUCAGAGGAAAUCUGCAGUUCAAAUGACAGCAAAGAAAACAAAGCUAGAAAUGCAUGUAGUAAUCGAAGAUUGCCCCUUUUAAAACUGUCCUCUGAUACAGUGGCUUACAAAGGAUUCACAACCCUUGGCAUUUUUCCUAUUUUGUUGCCUUACAACCUGGAAUUAAAAUGAUUUUUUGGGGGGGUGCCUGCCACUUUGUAGAUGCAAAAUAUUUUUAAUUGUGGAACAAGAAAAAAAAAAAACAGAACUUGAGCGUGCAUAACUAUUCACCCCACUAAAGUCAAUACUUUAUAGUGCCACCUUUUGCAGCAAUUACAGCUGCAAGUCUCUUGUGGAGUAUGUCUCUAUAAGCUUGGCACAUCUAGCCGCUGGGAUUUUUGCCAUUCUUCAAGGCAAAACUGCUCCAGCUCCUUCAAGUUGGAUGGGUUCCGCUGGUGUACAGCAAUCUAAGUUAUACCACAGAUUCUCAAUUGGAUUGAGAUCUGGGCAUUGACGAGGCCAUUCCAAGACAUUUAAAUGUUCAAUUCUGACCAGUUUCCCAGUCCCUACCGAUGAAAAACAUCCACUCAGCAUGAUGCUGCUACCACCAUGCUUCACUGUGGGGAUGUUAUUCUCGGGGUGAUGAGGUGUUGGGUUUGUGCCAGACAUAGUGCUUUCCUUGAUGGUCAAAAAGCUAAAUCUGACCAGAGUAUCUUCUCCCAUACGCCUUUUGGCAAACAAAUGUUUUUGCUUAUUUUUUUCUUUAAGCAAUGGCUUUUUUACUUGCCACUCUUCCGUAAAGCCCAGCUCUGUGGAGUGUACGGCUUAAAGUGGUCCUAUGGACCGAUACUCCAAUCCCCGCUGUGGAGCUUUGCAGCUCCUUCAGAGUUAUCUUUGGUCUCUUUGUUGCCUCUCUGAUUAAUGCCCUCCUUGCCUGUUCUGUGAGUUUUGGUGGGUGGCCCUCUCUUGGCAGGUUUGUUGUGGUGCCAUAUUCUUUCCAUUUUUUAAUAAUGGGUUUAAUGGUGCUCCGUGGGACGCUCAAAGUUUUUUUUAUAACCCAACCCUGAUCUGUACGUCUCCACAACUUUGUCCCUGACCUGUUUGGAGAGCUCCUUGGUCUUCAUGGUGCCGCUUGCUUGGUGGUGCCCCUUGCUUAGUGGUGUUGGAGACUCUGGAGCCUUUCAGAACAGGUGUAUAUAUACUGAGAUCAUGUAACAGAUCAUGUGACACUUAGAUUGCACACAGGUGGCCUUUAUUUAACUAAUUAUGUGACUUCUGAAGGAAAUUGGUUGCUUAGGGGCUUCGUUGCAAAGGGGGCGAAUACGUAUGCACACACAGCUUUUCCAUUUGUUGUUUUUUUCACUUCACCAAUUUGGACUAUUUUAUGUAUGUCCAUCACAGGAAAUCCAAAUAAAAAUCUACUUCAAUUACAGGUUGUAAUGCAACAAAAUAGGAAAAAUGCCCGGAACUGUCCUGGUUGGUGCAACGCCAUUAUUGAUGAUGAGUUAUUAGGGAAGAGUGGAGACUGCUCGUCAUCGGAAAUGCUAAAUCACAAAGCCAUAGUGGGGGGGGGGGGGGCUCUUUUAGAUACAGUAGAAAGUCAACAAACGGCCCAUCUUUGGAGUCAAUGUUAAAGUGUGGGAGGAGUGCUAUGAUAUUGAUGACUGACUAUGAACCUAGCGUGUCAACAAGUUGCAUGUCCAUGUGCAGUAGAUUUGUCUAGAAGAAAAGCAUAGUUAUGAAGGACUAUUAAUGUACACGUAUAACCAUGUCUUUAUGUAGUGUGAUCGAUGUACGCCUGGCGAAUGUAAACCUAUCGAAGAUCCCGGCAUUUAUAUGUAACAUCAGUACAAACCUUGACAUAC